GGACUGCAUGACGGUAUCCGUAGUUGGGGGGAAGCUGCCAAUGGUAGCUACAAGGCAUGAUUGUUGUCAUGUACUACAAUUCGCAUAUGCAGGCCCUUAGUUCGGUGUUCUACCCCGCGAAUGCCAUACAACGCCGGGCUCACAAGAAAUGGCGCCAAGUGCACCUCAGUCAAAUCCGGGUACACAAGAGUUCUAUCAAGAAACAUGACGUUAGGUGCGAGUCGCUGCGAUAAGAGAAUGGAAAGUAGUAUUGUAAAGUGCGGUCCUCUACUUUAUAAAGAUGGCGCGUGUCCCCCUUGCAAACACCUUAGAUUUCGUCGACACUUUCCUCACUGCUAGUAUCGUCAGGACUUGGCCAUCAUGGAUCGUUCUCCGGAGAAACAAAACAAUGCGUUCGAUACCUCGAACUUCACUGAUACCCGAAAUGAAAAAGAUGAACUCUCUCCCAAUGGAAAGUCAUCUUCGGCGCCUGCAUACUCGAACGAUUACGAUGGCCAGACUGGAGAAGUAUUCGACCCAUAUGGGGGCAAGAAACUCGGCAUGGUUCGAACAGCUUUAAUCUUCUUUACCAACCAGGUCGGAAUUGGCAUUCUCAGUCUCCCUGCCAUGCUGCAUACGAUAGGACUGAUCCCAGGCAUAAUUACAAUCAUCACUAUGGGGGUGCUCGCGACCUACACGGCAUACAUUCUAAUUCAAUUCUAUCGGAAGUAUCCUACGAUUCGAGAUGUCGUCGAUGUGGGCAGAAUCAUGGGAGGAAAGCCACUCGAGAUUAUUGUCGGAGCGGCACACGUGCUCAACUUAUGCCUCAUCUGUGCUUCAGCAAACGUCACUCUUUCGAUCGCUCUGAACACAAUUACUGAGCAUUCCGUCUGCACCAUUGGGUUCAUCGGGAUCCCCAUGAUCAUGUGUUGGCUUCUGUGCAUGCCUCGGAGCUUGAACUUUGCCGGAUGGUUCGGUAUUCCAGCUACGAUCUCCAUUUUCACCUCUGUUCUGAUCGUCGUCAUUGCUCUAGCCGUAGGCGGUCCCGACUAUGAGGGCACCGUGAACGGCGGCGGAGGUUAUUGGGGCGAGCCGGCCAAUGAACCACUGCAGAUGCGACUUGGGCCAAAUCCUGCUGCGACCAUGAAUCAGCAGUUUGAAUCGGUUCUCAACGUCGCCUUCGCAUACGCUGGCAAUCAAGCAUUCAUCACGGUCAUGUGUGAGAUGCGCAACCCAAGCAAAGACUACACCCCAGCCAUCAUCUGGCUCAAUGUGUUCGGUGUCCCAAUGUACGUCAUUACGGCAUGUGUAGUAUACCACCUCACCGGCCAAUAUGUUGUCUCUCCCGCGCUCGGCUCUGCACCUGGUGUGGCUAGCAAAGUUGCAUACGGCCUUCUCUUUCCCACCCUUCUCGGUUCUGGUCUAGUCUUCGGCCAUACCGGCAUUAAGUACAUGUACAACGUAGUCAUGGACAAAAUGAUCAAGACACGACACCGACUGACCGAUAAUACUCCACUUACAUGGGGAGUCUGGCUUGGUCUCGGGACGCUCUUCUGGGUCACGGCCUUCAUUCUCGCCAACGCUAUUCCAGCUUUCGGUUCAAUUCUAGGUAUCUCGUCGGCACUCUUCGUCACAUGGUUCACUUUUGGCAUGGCAAAUGCCCAAUGGAUCUUCAUAAACUGGGGCAAUCAGUUCAUCAAUUGGAAGAAGACAUCGUUGGCACUUUUCAAUUGGUUCAUGAUCCUUGCUUCGGCUUUCUUGACAGUCUUUGGCCUGUACACCUCGAUCUCAGACCUCCAUUCGAGAGUGCAGGAUCCCAACGACCCGCUAAAUGUAUUUACCUGCGCAAACAAUGCGUUGUUUUGAGCAUCUUUACCUAUUGUUGUUGUCUGCUACGGCAUGAGCUGCACGAUCCAGUGUCAUGUCACUGCCGUUUACUUAAAUUGAGUAAAUAAGC